ACUUCUUACACUACUCGGCCAUUUGACGUAACGAUACACCUGGACUAAGAGAGGGAACCCCGCGAUCUCAUAGGAUCCUAUCAGCUUGUUUCGGCAGAACCAACCAUACUGUUUACCUGCCUAAUUGGGGUAACAUUCUGCGCUACACGGAUUUCUGUCAAGCGCUUCCCAAAGCGGCAUCUGGACCAUAUCGGAGAGACAAGCUAUAGUGUGCUGCUGUCACUCUAGCCCUUCGCGCAAUUUAUGGUUGUCACAUUACCCGACUUCGUUCAACCGUCAUCUCUAGCCACGAGUUUUGGGUGUUUUACCCACUUGUCAACCCACCCCCCUUCAAGGUUUGGUGCUUGAAACCAGAUUCACGCAGUUCGGAGAAAGUGGAAGGCGAUAGGGGCACGAUUUUCAGCUCUCACUGGAGCAUCUUGUCAGCCGGAUUCCCGCGCAGGUGACACAACUUAAAUCCGAACAGGCCGGACUAGGCUUUCCAAGCGUUUCGCUUCAUAUUCUGGAAGAUUUCCAGGUUCGAACUACAACAUCCAGCUUUUGCAUCUUCUAAAAAAGCUACUGGAUACCCAUAGUCAAGAUGUCUCUAGCUCGCGCCUUCACGACAAGGCGAAAGCAGUCGUCGCAGGAUCUAGGCACGCUGCCACAACGAAGCAAUACUACCACUAAGGGUUCGACUGGCGCAAUUCGUAGCAAGAUCUCCGGCCCCAUGGCUCUUACACACACAACCAACAUGCUUGCAUACAAUGCGCCCGAUCUAUUCCCUCGUUCCGAGGCCUCACCUACAGAGUCUAGCAAAUCCGAAGAUGACUCUUCUGAUAGCCCUCGCACCAGCGCAUCUACACCACCAACGAGUCCUGAUAUCCCGUCAGCUACUGGCCGAUCUGGUUCGCCUGAGCCCAACCACCUAUCAUGCUACUUCGUUGCGCCAAAUUCAAAGUUACCUUCGAACACGAACGAGGCACCAAGUAUUCCCAGACGGGCACCAUCGCAUACUAAGAAGGCGUCUCUGGACAAUCUAGCAAACAAGUUUGCACGUCUUUCUAACCAAUCUGGCAAAUCGGUUUCCACCAAGGGGAGCUUUUCUCUCUCGCGGUCAUCAUCAACCUCGACGACAGCCACGACUAUCUCGACAAUCUCAGCACCACGAAAGGGUUCCAUUAGUAGUCCAACCCCCGUGCAUGUCAUGCAUACUAUACCCGCCGUGCCGGUUUUAUCUCCCACAUCACCACCCCCGGCACGUCGACCUAGUUUCCGUCGAGACUAUUCCGAGAGUCAACAUCCGUUCGGGCAUGAGCUAGCGCAAGUAUCAGAGCUUGCCGAAGAGCUGGGUGUUAAGGACAAGAUGGAUGUCAUUGACGAGGAGGAGCAGCACCUGAUUUCGCAAGGCCUCUGCCGAUUUCGACCCGAGGAAUACUUGGCCGAAGUUCAAGGGCUUUUCGCCACCUUCUUCACGCCUCAGCCUGCCAAGAUACAACAACCAGUAUGGAUUUAAAAUGGCACCUGAGUCGAACUUCACCCAAACUCUCCUUGCCGGAGAUUGGGCGCGUAUUUUUUAUGGCAUUCAAUGUACAUAUUUGAACGGCUGACUCGAGUCUACGCACCACCGCACCAACCCACUCGAGAGAAUGGAGGGCCAGGUAUAGGGGACUUUUACUAUCAGAUUAUGAAUUCAGUGCACGAGGAGUUUGGUUUGCUAUUCCACCCAAGGCCGGUUUGAAAGAGGAAGGACCGAGGCGUUUGAGAAGGGGUUUGCGGUUUGUGGUUCGCGGCUUAAUACCCAACAUCUUGGCACCUGACCCCCGUCGGUCAUUUCUUCUGUUAUUUUGGGAGGUGGACGAGUGGAAGUAGGGUAUCGUCUAUGAGUCGACUCUAGACUACCUAGGCUAGUAAACAAAUACACAGGUGUAUCUCAAAUGUCGACGUUGACGAUCGCCUGUGCGGUUCUAUGAGUUAGUUUUACAUAGUCUAACACGAUGAUGAACCAAAAGUUCACUAAGUACGCAUGCAUGUCCAAUAUGAGAAUGUCUUUUCAUGAAAUU